GGGCGGGAUCCGAGAGUGGGAGGGCGCCGAGAGGGCAGAGCCGGGUCCAGGGGCGGGGCGGGAGCGCGGCCUGCGUGGAGGCUGUGGAGAAAGGCUUGAGGUCUGGCGGCAUCAAAACUAGGAAAAGUAAGUAAGAAUGGCUGUGGAGGAACUUCAGUCCAUAAUAAUGAGAUGUCAAAUCCUAGAAGAACAUAAUUUUAAUAAAGAAGAUUUUGGUCUGUUUCAGUUAGCAGGCCAGAGAUGCAUAGAAGAAGGGCAUAUAGACCAGCUAUUAGAAAUCAUUCAAGAGGAGAGGAAUAAGAUCAUCAUCAAGUCUAUGGGCUGGAAUCUUGUUGGUCCUGUUGUUCGAUGCCUUUUGAAGAAUGAAGAAGAAGAUAAAAGAAAAAACUACUUUCUGACACUUGAUAUAUUGGUAAAGUUAUGUAAUCCAAAGGAAUUGUUGUUGGGUUUGCUCGAACUGAUUGAAGAGCCCUCUGGAAAGCAGAUAGCCCAAAUUAUUCUUCUUUUACUUCAACCAUUACAGACAGUGAUUCAGAAACUUCCUAACAACAAGGCCUAUUCAGUUGGAUUAGCCUUGUCUACACUUUGGAGUCAGCUAUCUCUUCUUCCUGUUCCAUACUCAAAAGAACAAAUACAGGCAGAUGACUAUGGCCUUUGUCAGUGUUGCAAGGCCUUAAUAGAAUUCAUGAAACCUUUUGUGGAAGAAGUAACUGAUGAUAAAGAAAACAAAGAAAAUGAAAAGCUAAAGGAUGAAUUACUGAAAUUUUGUUUCAAAAGCUUGAAAUGCCCUUUGCUGACAGCACAAUUCCUUGAACAGUCUGAAGAAGUUGAAAAUGACCCUUUAAGGUGUUUUGCAUCUGAAAUAAUAGGAUUUUUAUCAGCAAUUGGACACCCUUUUCCCAAAAUUAUUCUUAAUCAUGGAAGGAAAAAAAGGACUUGGGAUUUUCUUGAAUUUGAAGAAGAGGAAGACAGACAAUUAGCAGACUCUAUGGCUUCUCUGGCCUAUCUAGUAUUUGUUCAGGGCAUCAGUAUUGAUCAGCUUCCAAUGGUCUUCAGUCCAUCAUACCUUUUGCAGUUGAACAUGGGGCAUAUUGAAGUGUUUUUGCAAAGAACAGAAGAGUCUGCUUUCUCCAAAGGAUUGGAACUUCUGGAGAAUGGUUUAUUGAGACUAGAAGACAACAACCUACUUUAUCAGUACUUAGAAAUCAAGAAUUUUCUUACAGUACCUCUGGAGUUAGUCAAAAUAAUGACACUUUGCCCCAUUGAGACAUUGCGGAAAAAAGGUUUAGCUAUGCUUCAGCUGUAUAUUGACAAGUUGGAUUCACAAGGCAAAUACACAUUAUUUAGGAUUAUGGCUUCAUUAAAUUUAUUGAGAUAUUUGAUUAUCAAAGAUAAUGAAAAUGACAAUCAAACUGGAUUAUGGACAGAACUUGGAAAGAUUGAGAAUAAUUUUUUAAAGCCACUUCAUAUAGGACUUAAUAUGUCAAAAGCACAUUAUGAAGCAGAAAUUAAAAACAGCCUAGGAAAUAGCCAAGUAGCCCCAAUGUGUAAGGAUGUUUGUUCUCUAACUGUCAGUGGACAAGAGAUCCCUAAUAUGCCUCCUGAAAUGCAACUCAAGGUCCUAAAUUCAGCUCUUUUCACAUUUGAUUUGAUUGAAAGUGUUCUGGCUCGAGUAGAAGAACUCAUUGAAAUCAAAACAAAGUCUACCUCUGAAGAGAAUGUUAGAUAGAAUAAAGUAAAGGUUUGAUUUCAUAAAUAGAAACUAGCAAAAUACUUUGUUUUCUGGUAUACUUUAAUAUCUCUAAAAAACAUUUUUUUUUUUUUUUUUGCAAAAACUCAUUGCUGGAAAUGCAGGUUUUCACUUGCCAGUUUGUAUGCCACAUAGAUCAGUAGUUAAGUAGUCUUUGCUUUUAAAAGGCUCAAGUACUGCUUUUGAAGAUCCAAUACAAGCCAACAAUUUUGUUUUAUAAUUUUAUGAAAUGUAGUCAAAAUGCUUUGUCCUUAUAGUUGUAGCAAAUUUGUAAAACAAGCAAGCAAACAAAACCCCCAGAAAACCAGACGCAUUUUCUGCUUGUUGGGUGCUUUGUAGCACUGAGCUCAGAGUGUCAGCCUGGAUAUCACCCCUGCAAAAAUGUUGAAAGUCUGAGUUCAGAACAGUUGACUGGUUUUUUUUGUUUGUUUUGUUGUCUUUUGAGCUUCCCUCCCUUUUCCUCCCUUGGAAGCAAUCUUAAGGAAAUCAAAAUGUAUGUGGUACCUGCUUGUAGUCCUAGCACUUAGGAGGUAGAGGGAGGAAGGUUAGGCAUUCAAGGCCAGCCUUAGUCAUACAGUAUGUCAAAGCCAGCCUUAUAAAAACUAAAAACUGGAAAAAAAAAAUCAGUUGUAGAAUGAAAAUAUCAACAGAAAUUAAUUUUAGAAUAUUAGCUAUUCUCAUGAAAAACCUAAAAAAAAAAAUACAUGGCUUUUCCUUUAGUUCAAAGAACUAAUUAGCAAAUUCUGUAGUUUUAUUUCCUACUAUAUUUGUACAUCCAACUUUAUUUGUAUCGGUAAGAAACUGAUUUGAGUUUUAUAUAUAUAUACCAGUUAUUUUCUCUUUAUUUUUUCUGUAGUGUUGGAGCUUUAACCCAGGGUCUUGCACAUACUAGGUGAGCACUGCACCACUAAGCUAUACUUCCUACCUCUGUACCAAUUGUUUUCUAAACACUGUUAAAGGAAUCACUCAACCAACAUAUAAAAUAUAAAAUGUUUAAUUGUAUGCAUAUUAUUAUUGUAAAUUAAUAUAAACACUUAUAUAUAUUUGAACACUGUAACUUAAAAGGAAUAUAUUCAUAUUCUUCCAAAAGGACAUUUAUAACUGAUACUCUGAAUUUGGGCUAACUGAAUCAGUAUUCAAUUUUAUCUUUUGAAGCGUUUUCCAAACAGGACUUUGCUCUAUGAUGUAAGCUUUAGUUGCUAUCAUCCUAUAGCAGAUGCUGUCUAUGUUUGGUUUGGAGGUAGUCUGAAAGAAGAUGUAAACAUGGAGUAUUAUUUACAGAAACAAUAUUUUUUUGUAGGAGCAUAUCAAAAAUAAUUCAUUAGGCAAAUACCUCUUGAUAUCUAUGUGCUUAAAAUAUGUGUGAAUUAUAGAGAAGAAAGUACUUGAACUCACCUACAAGGAAUUUCCAAAAUGCAAGUCAAAAAAUAUAAUAGGGUUAGAACUGCUUUAGUGGAGAUGUGCUCCAGAUGUAAGAACAAGGAGGACCUGACACAGCCUGCAGGAGUUGGGGUGUCUGGGCAUGCUUCAGAGGAUGGGCAAGCAUGGGAGGAAAGUGAAUUGGUAAAGAACAUUCCAUAAAAUCUCUGCCUAAACAGACCAUGACUAUAAUCCAGUAUUUAUACUUUAGAAUUUGAAGGAAGAUUAAAUAACAGGACCAGCCAAUGUAUUUAUGGCAAACUGUUUUUUACCCCCUGAAAAUUAGUCAUAAAUAGGUGGCUUACCAGAAGUAAACUGAGAAGACUUCAGGCUUGAGAAAGAAAAAGUUGAAGAGAAGAGUAUUUGACAACCCUCAAACAGUAUACAACUGGAAAUAUAAAAAAUUUAAAAUCUUCUGGCCAAGAUACAUAUCUUUGUAUAAGCAUAUCUUUCCCUGGGUAACUUACCUUAGCUAUAGUGCACAUAAGAUCAACAGCAUUCACUGUGUUGUGUACUGGAAGUAUCCGCAAAUUACUUCCCAAGAAUCUGAAAAAAAGAAGUGGUGCAUCUUAUAGCUGACAUUUGUUCACUUAAGUGUAAAGAAGAGACAGAGCUCUAUUUUUUACAGUGUUUAUUUAUCCAUGCCCUGCACUAUGCCACAGAUUGAGGUGGCUUUAGAGCCAGAACUUAGCAAAUCUUCACUUUGGUUUACUCUUACAGAGUAAGCCCAUAAUCAACGUGAAUGUUAGUCAUCCUGAUUUACAGAACAGCUGUCUGGCCUGUUUCAUUAAAUAUGACAGGUUAAUGUUAUAAAGUUUAUCUUCUAGAAAAACAAAACUCACCUGCCUAAAAGCAUUAAGAACUGAAGUAAACCUAGAACAGCAUAAGAAAACUAAGUGUUCAUACCUCUGCUGAAUCCUGGACAUGAGAUUGCACUCUUCAGGCCCAUGGAGUGGGGCAGACAGAACCAAGAAACUAUUCUGGUGAAUGUUAAUAAACUUCUCAAUUUUGGUUAGAAAUAUUUCCUCAGCUACUGUAAUGCAUUCUUUAGCAUCCAUCAAUAAAAAUGCAACUCCUAGGAAAGGUGAAUGUAACAUAGUCAUACAGAGUAAAUUUCAUGUAUUUGUCAUAUGAAGAAAAUUUUGUAAAUUCAAUAUGAUCAAUAAAAGAGCUAUAAUCAUGUCAUUCCCCAAACUCAUAAGGAAUGGAAUUUAUUACUGCAAUUGGGGCUGGACGAGGUGGUAGAGACCUUUAAUCCCAGCACUUGGGAGGCAGAGGCAGAUGGAAUUCUGUGAGUUCAAGUCCAGCCUGGUCUACAUAGUGAAUUCCAGGCCAACUAGGGCUACAGGAAGACCCUAUCUCAAAAAACAACAAAAAAGAGAAUUUAUUAUUACAAUCCUUAUGAUGAUUCAAGUAGUUCUUUGAUGUGAGUUGUUCUAAAUAUUUCAAGGAAAAAUAAUUGUUGGUAACCUUUUUUGCUCAGACUAAAAAGCACCUUAACCAUUUAAGCCAGGUUUGGUGGUGUAAAUCUGUAAUCGCAGAACUUGGAAGACAGACAGGAGAAUCAGGGUGAGUUUAAGGUUACCCUGGGCUACAUUGUACCAGUCUAACUAACCAGGACUAUAUAGUGAAGCUGUCUCAAAAAAAAAAAAAAAAAAAAAAAAAAAA